AUGUUCCUUCAAGUGUGCACCGUUUCCGAUAUUGUCACGGCUGAUGGACGCUGUAUCCGCCAGUCGGCUUGGUGCGGAGAGCGUGAUGGCAUCCACCGGUCUCCAUAUCAAUGGCCGCGGACAGUUCGACCAAACCGGAAUCACUGGCGUCUAUGGCAGGACACCUUGACCCGGGCACUUCUGCAGUCGGAUGACCCCUCUCAUCAGCUCCGCCAACCGUUGGGCCCUUGGUUUGACCCUAUCGACGACUGGAACUGGCUGGUCUCCCCAACGCAUGGCGUCUUUCAUCGUCAUGGACACGCUUGGAGACACUACGGUCACCGAUCAGGUUCCUACUCCUCUAGCCGGAGGUUCCACAUGCGGCCUGCAUCUCACAGGACGGCUGGGAUUAAACGACCGAUAGCAGCCCUUGACGUCGCCGAAGCCCCCUCGCCGUCGGUUCCCUUUUGGACCAAGCCACUCCCCGAUGAUGUAUGCCGAGUGACAACCCAGCCACUGCAUGGGGUAGAGGAGUUUGUGAUUUCGGGGGUGGGCCUGGAGCAUCAGUCUCCGCGACCGGUCCUCCACCCGUCAUUAUUCACUGCUUGGGAAGCAGCUUCGGCAGAAGUUGACGAGUACUUUGGAUGGACCCCCGACGAACUUGAGAUUGUCGGUGCCAGACUCCCGGAUUGCCCCAGGAUCAAAGCGCCUAUCGGAGCGCAGUUUGACCUGGUCUCUUCCCUCCGCGAGGCCCUUGCGCGCUCCAAAGCGUCGUGGGAGCCUAGUCAUGUGUAUGGUCACCUUGACCACGCUACGCCCUUUUCGUCCCUGUCUUGGUGGUCCAAAAGGAAUGUUGAAGUGGAUAAUUGGGCAGUGGCAUACCGCCAUCAGUUGGAGGCUUCUAACCAACUGAUUGCACCCAAUGCUCGCUUCUUUACUGAGUUGGCCGCUCUCUACAUCGGAGGCGUUAAGCAGUCUCGAUUGGAUCCAGACUACAUCCAAGAGCUGUUUGCGCUUCCCGCCCUCCGCAAGAGGUGGCGCGAGAAACUCACGGUCACCCCAGGGCCGCGGACAGUUCGACCAAACCGGAAUCACUGGCGUCUAUGGCAGGACACCUUGACCCGGGCACUUCUGCAGUCGGAUGACCCCUCUCAUCAGCUCCGCCAACCGUUGGGCCCUUGGUUUGACCCUAUCGACGACUGGAACUGGCUGGUCUCCCCAACGCAUGGCGUCUUUCAUCGUCAUGGACACGCUUGGAGACACUACGGUCACCGAUCAGGUUCCUACUCCUCUAGCUGGAGGUUCCACAUGCGGCCUGCAUCUCACAGGACGGCUGGGAUUAAACGACCGAUAGCAGCCCUUGACGUCGCCGAAGCCCCCUCGCCGUCGGUUCCCUUUUGGACCAAGCCACUCCCAGAUGAUGUAUGCCGAGUGACAACCCAGCCACUGCAUGGGGUAGAGGAGUUUGUGAUUUCGGGGGUGGGCCUGGAGCAUCAGUCUCCGCGACCUGUCCUCCACCCGUCAUUAUUCACUGCUUGGGAAGCAGCUUCGGCAGAAGUUGACGAGUACUUUGGAUGGACCCCCAACGAACUUGAGAUUGUCGGUGAUGAAGGACGGCUGGUGGAGGCCUUACUCUCUGGUCAUCUUUGCGUGAUAAGCGACGGAUCAUACAAGCGAGCCCUGGGAACGGCGUCCGUCCAACUACUCCCACGAAAAGGGGAGAAGGACCGCAUCAUUGUUCGGUGCCAGACUCCCGGAUUGCCCCAGGAUCAAAGCGUCUAUCGGAGUGAACUGAUCGGCUUGCUCGCAGGCAUCAUGGUUGUUGACUGGUUGCUCCAACAGUGGGCGCCUAUGCUCCAUUCUAAACCCCGCGUAAGGAUAGCGUGUGAUGGGUUUUCCGCCCUUCUCAAUACCUUUAGUGAUAAUCGAGUCUCUCCCCACCAGGCGCAGUUUGACCUGGUCUCUUCCCUCCACAAGGCCCUUGCGCGCUCCAAAGCAUCGUGGGAGCCUAGUCAUGUGUAUGGUCACCUUGACCACGCUACGCCCUUUUCGUCCCUGUCUUGGUGGUCCAAAAGGAAUGUUGAAGUGGAUAAUUGGGCAGUGGCAUACCGCCAUCAGUUGGAGGCUUCUAACCAACUGAUUGCACCCAAUGCUCGCUUCUUUACUGAGUUGGCCGCUCUCUACAUCGGAGGCGUUAAGCAGUCUCGAUUGGAUCCAGACUACAUCCAAGAGCUGUUUGCGCUUCCCGCCCUCCGCAAGAGGUGGCGCGAGAAACUCACGGUCACCCCAGGGCCGCGGACAGUUCGACCAAACCGGAAUCACUGGCGUCUAUGGCAGGACACCUUGACCCGGGCACUUCUGCAGUCGGAUGACCCCUCUCAUCAGCUCCGCCAACCGUUGGGCCCUUGGUUUGACCCUAUCGACGACUGGAACUGGCUGGUCUCCCCAACGCAUGGCGUCUUUCAUCGUCAUGGACACGCUUGGAGACACUACGGUCACCGAUCAGGUUCCUACUCCUCUAGCUGGAGGUUCCACAUGCGGCCUGCAUCUCACAGGACGGCUGGGAUUAAACGACCGAUAGCAGCCCUUGACGUCGCCGAAGCCCCCUCGCCGUCGGUUCCCUUUUGGACCAAGCCACUCCCAGAUGAUGUAUGCCGAGUGACAACCCAGCCACUGCAUGGGGUAGAGGAGUUUGUGAUUUCGGGGGUGGGCCUGGAGCAUCAGUCUCCGCGACCUGUCCUCCACCCGUCAUUAUUCACUGCUUGGGAAGCAGCUUCGGCAGAAGUUGACGAGUACUUUGGAUGGACCCCCAACGAACUUGAGAUUGUCGGUGAUGAAGGACGGCUGGUGGAGGCCUUACUCUCUGGUCAUCUUUGCGUGAUAAGCGACGGAUCAUACAAGCGAGCCCUGGGAACGGCGUCCGUCCAACUACUCCCACGAAAAGGGGAGAAGGACCGCAUCAUUGUUCGGUGCCAGACUCCCGGAUUGCCCCAGGAUCAAAGCGUCUAUCGGAGUGAACUGAUCGGCUUGCUCGCAGGCAUCAUGGUUGUUGACUGGUUGCUCCAACAGUGGGCGCCUAUGCUCCAUUCUAAACCCCGCGUAAGGAUAGCGUGUGAUGGGUUUUCCGCCCUUCUCAAUACCUUUAGUGAUAAUCGAGUCUCUCCCCACCAGGCGCAGUUUGACCUGGUCUCUUCCCUCCACAAGGCCCUUGCGCGCUCCAAAGCAUCGUGGGAGCCUAGUCAUGUGUAUGGUCACCUUGACCACGCUACGCCCUUUUCGUCCCUGUCUUGGUGGUCCAAAAGGAAUGUUGAAGUGGAUAAUUGGGCAGUGGCAUACCGCCAUCAGUUGGAGGCUUCUAACCAACUGAUUGCACCCAAUGCUCGCUUCUUUACUGAGUUGGCCGCUCUCUACAUCGGAGGCGUUAAGCAGUCUCGAUUGGAUCCAGACUACAUCCAAGAGCUGUUUGCGCUUCCCGCCCUCCGCAAGAGGUGGCGCGAGAAACUCACGGUCACCCCAGGGCCGCGGACAGUUCGACCAAACCGGAAUCACUGGCGUCUAUGGCAGGACACCUUGACCCGGGCACUUCUGCAGUCGGAUGACCCCUCUCAUCAGCUCCGCCAACCGUUGGGCCCUUGGUUUGACCCUAUCGACGACUGGAACUGGCUGGUCUCCCCAACGCAUGGCGUCUUUCAUCGUCAUGGACACGCUUGGAGACACUACGGUCACCGAUCAGGUUCCUACUCCUCUAGCUGGAGGUUCCACAUGCGGCCUGCAUCUCACAGGACGGCUGGGAUUAAACGACCGAUAGCAGCCCUUGACGUCGCCGAAGCCCCCUCGCCGUCGGUUCCCUUUUGGACCAAGCCACUCCCAGAUGAUGUAUGCCGAGUGACAACCCAGCCACUGCAUGGGGUAGAGGAGUUUGUGAUUUCGGGGGUGGGCCUGGAGCAUCAGUCUCCGCGACCUGUCCUCCACCCGUCAUUAUUCACUGCUUGGGAAGCAGCUUCGGCAGAAGUUGACGAGUACUUUGGAUGGACCCCCAACGAACUUGAGAUUGUCGGUGAUGAAGGACGGCUGGUGGAGGCCUUACUCUCUGGUCAUCUUUGCGUGAUAAGCGACGGAUCAUACAAGCGAGCCCUGGGAACGGCGUCCGUCCAACUACUCCCACGAAAAGGGGAGAAGGACCGCAUCAUUGUUCGGUGCCAGACUCCCGGAUUGCCCCAGGAUCAAAGCGUCUAUCGGAGUGAACUGAUCGGCUUGCUCGCAGGCAUCAUGGUUGUUGACUGGUUGCUCCAACAGUGGGCGCCUAUGCUCCAUUCUAAACCCCGCGUAAGGAUAGCGUGUGAUGGGUUUUCCGCCCUUCUCAAUACCUUUAGUGAUAAUCGAGUCUCUCCCCACCAGGCGCAGUUUGACCUGGUCUCUUCCCUCCACAAGGCCCUUGCGCGCUCCAAAGCAUCGUGGGAGCCUAGUCAUGUGUAUGGUCACCUUGACCACGCUACGCCCUUUUCGUCCCUGUCUUGGUGGUCCAAAAGGAAUGUUGAAGUGGAUAAUUGGGCAGUGGCAUACCGCCAUCAGUUGGAGGCUUCUAACCAACUGAUUGCACCCAAUGCUCGCUUCUUUACUGAGUUGGCCGCUCUCUACAUCGGAGGCGUUAAGCAGUCUCGAUUGGAUCCAGACUACAUCCAAGAGCUGUUUGCGCUUCCCGCCCUCCGCAAGAGGUGGCGCGAGAAACUCACGGUCACCCCAGGGCCGCGGACAGUUCGACCAAACCGGAAUCACUGGCGUCUAUGGCAGGACACCUUGACCCGGGCACUUCUGCAGUCGGAUGACCCCUCUCAUCAGCUCCGCCAACCGUUGGGCCCUUGGUUUGACCCUAUCGACGACUGGAACUGGCUGGUCUCCCCAACGCAUGGCGUCUUUCAUCGUCAUGGACACGCUUGGAGACACUACGGUCACCGAUCAGGUUCCUACUCCUCUAGCUGGAGGUUCCACAUGCGGCCUGCAUCUCACAGGACGGCUGGGAUUAAACGACCGAUAGCAGCCCUUGACGUCGCCGAAGCCCCCUCGCCGUCGGUUCCCUUUUGGACCAAGCCACUCCCAGAUGAUGUAUGCCGAGUGACAACCCAGCCACUGCAUGGGGUAGAGGAGUUUGUGAUUUCGGGGGUGGGCCUGGAGCAUCAGUCUCCGCGACCUGUCCUCCACCCGUCAUUAUUCACUGCUUGGGAAGCAGCUUCGGCAGAAGUUGACGAGUACUUUGGAUGGACCCCCAACGAACUUGAGAUUGUCGGUGAUGAAGGACGGCUGGUGGAGGCCUUACUCUCUGGUCAUCUUUGCGUGAUAAGCGACGGAUCAUACAAGCGAGCCCUGGGAACGGCGUCCGUCCAACUACUCCCACGAAAAGGGGAGAAGGACCGCAUCAUUGUUCGGUGCCAGACUCCCGGAUUGCCCCAGGAUCAAAGCGUCUAUCGGAGUGAACUGAUCGGCUUGCUCGCAGGCAUCAUGGUUGUUGACUGGUUGCUCCAACAGUGGGCGCCUAUGCUCCAUUCUAAACCCCGCGUAAGGAUAGCGUGUGAUGGGUUUUCCGCCCUUCUCAAUACCUUUAGUGAUAAUCGAGUCUCUCCCCACCAGGCGCAGUUUGACCUGGUCUCUUCCCUCCACAAGGCCCUUGCGCGCUCCAAAGCAUCGUGGGAGCCUAGUCAUGUGUAUGGUCACCUUGACCACGCUACGCCCUUUUCGUCCCUGUCUUGGUGGUCCAAAAGGAAUGUUGAAGUGGAUAAUUGGGCAGUGGCAUACCGCCAUCAGUUGAUUGCACCCAAUGCUCGCUUCUUUACUGAGUUGGCCGCUCUCUAUAUCGGAGACGUUAAGCAGUCUCGAUUGGACCCAGACUACAUCCAAGAGCUGGUGGCGCUUCCCGCCCUCCGCAAGAGGUGGCGCGAGAAACUCACGGUCACCCCAGAGGCGGAGUCGGAAACCGACUGGACCAGUCUGGCCCGGGCCAUGCGAUCUCUCCCAGCGGGCGUCCAACGCUGGACCACAAAGCACGUGGUGGGUAUGUGCGGUGUUGGCAAGUUUAAGGUACGAUGGGGAUAUGACACAUCUGCUGCAUGCCCAUGCUGUGGCGAGUUCGAAGAUCACCUACACGUACCUCGAUGUAUGGCUCCAUCCACCAGCGCUGAAUGGGAUCGCCGGACAGUGGCCCUGGAUUCAUGGCUGGACACCCAAGUGACAGAUCCGGCCAUCAAACAUGCCCUCCUCUCCCUCCUUAAAGGGGUUCGCGAUCCAUCCCUACCGUCCAUCCGAGUGGUACCAGGUCGACUGCGCAGCGCCUUCCGAUCCCAGCAAUGCAUUGGCUACCAAGGGCUAUUGGAAGGAAGAUUGUCCCAUCAAUGGGCCCCGUUGCAGGAGGAAUAUCUGCAGUCGCGCGGGAGCCAACGCUCUCCGACCUUAUGGGCCUCACGCCUCUCGCAUCAGUUGAUUUUGCUGGGCUUCCAGUUGUGGGAACAUCGGAACUCGGUACAACACUCGGAGGACAAUGUACAGUUACAAGAGCGCAGCCAACAGGUCAACAACGGGAUACACAACCAGUUUGAUAUGGGUCCCACUGACCUACCUAAGGUUGUUCAACGCAUGCUUUCGGUCAAGCGCCUGACAGUCUUGAACAAUCCACUGGUAGACCGUGAGGAGUGGCUGAAGUUGUUGCCGAUAUUUUUGUUUGUCUGCCUCCCCUUUCUUCCUUCCAAUUAA